UCACCGGCCGGGUUUUCUCAAAUGGAUGUAGCGCAGCAUCCCCGUCCUGCCCCGCAUCAUUUACGCAUGAAGGAGGGAGGCAGCGCUUCCUAAUAUCGCACGCGUUCGACCCCCGGACGAUGAGGCGCACGCGGGUGUGUGUGUGAGAGAAGCGGAGCCACUGCGCGCGCGUUUUUUUUUUAUAUCCAGGAAUUAAUUUGCUAAAGCUAUUCCUUCAUAAAUAGCAACACAAACAGACACACGCGGAUGCAGUUUAUAAACAAGGGUCGCCUCUUCAAUUACAAUUAUUUUAACAGGGGCAAUUGUGGAUUCAUCCAUAGUGUAUCUCCAUUAUCUAAUUCUCUUAUACGAUUCAAACUAUUUCUAUAUGAUCUCUUUGUUUCAUGUAUGCGACCCACUUGCAUGUUCUCAACCACUCGCCUGCGCCACGCGAGGCCCCUUUGUAUGAACAGGUUGAACCAUCUUUAUGAUCAUACAAUCUGCUUCGGCUGUUCAUCGCUAUUCUAUGAUAUGGCAUCAAAUGUUCUUGGCGACAACAAAUAACACAGGCUGCGGUAAUGCGCUGGCACGACCCGUCAUUCCGUCUCGCUGCAGAAGAGCACGCAACGGUGCGCCGGCAUCAGCAUCCGGAUUACACAAGGAUGCUGCUGCUGCUGUGAAGUUGGUGCACUGGCGCCCUCCUGUGGCGAAACGACGAAAUUGGACCCAAUUAGCGCCGCAAACGGCAUUGGUCGCAGAGUCAUUAGUGUGAUUUGUUAACGCAAUUCAGUUGCGCACGGUAAUGCCAUUGCAUUAGUAUCACAGAGGACCGCGAUGUGAGUGUGUUGUCACUGGAUUAACGCAGGUUUUAAUAAUAAAAAGGUGGAUUUUAGUGUGAUUAUCAGUAAAUCAAGGGCCGAGGACACGUGUCCCAAGCUUGGUCAUUUGGAAAGUGAUUUAAUCUAUACAGCAUAUAGCUAUGUAAAGGUGGUUUAUUAAUAGCACGUUCUCGGGCUAUUUGGACCAAAAUCACCAGAUCGCAGUGACCACCUUGGGUUUUCUCAGACGGGAUUCUGAGCUCCACAGCCACAUCAAAACAGUUUAAUAUCUCUCAAAGUAUCACCGACUCCAAAAACUUUUUUUUUGGGGGGGGGGGGGCCCUCGGUCCGUCCUGGCAUCAACACCGGCGAGGGCGAAACGUUGUUGAUCCGGAUCCGCCCAGCCAGGCGUCACAAGCACCGACAAGAUGGCCGAGAUUACGGGACGAAAGUGAGGGAGGAAACAAAAACACAGGCGAGCUAUCCUUGCCGCAGAUGCCCGACCUGUAGCGCUGCUUGAAGGCAAGUUAGCGCAUCGAUACAACCGCUGGGUUAUCGGUGUAUUCGAGGGUCCGUUCUGCGGGUGACAUCUGCGGCAUGCGGACAAACCGCGCUCCGAGCCAGCUCACCGACAGAACGUUGGUCGGGUUGUCUGCGUUGGCUAGCUAGCUAACGUGCUAACCAUGUUAGCCAGCUGACAACACCGCUAGCGAGAGAAUACGUUAUGUGAGUGACAGUCGUGUCAUUUUGAAAUACAUAGUCGUCGCUACUUAAAUGUGCUGCAGCGGGAUAACUUCCCCCAAGUGGGAGAAUCCGAUUUAACGCACCAGUUAGCGAACUAACAUUGCGGAUUUCUUGCUGUGCAGCUCCAGAGUUAGCAUUAGCAGACGUCUGUUAGCUUGCUCAGCUGUUUUUGGAUGACUUGGUGUCGCUACCGCACAAGAAAGGGUGUGUGGGGGGACGUUUUUCUCUCUUCAUACCCGUGCCCGAGGCGGUUCUCAGCGGGGCGCGUGUAACCAGGUGUCCGGGAGGAUUAGCUGACGUUCACGGCACAAGUCGAGCCGAGGAGACGCCAGCCCUGCGUUGUUGGUCGAGGCGCAAACCCAGCCGGCAGCACCAUGGCCCACUCUCCUGUUCAGGGUAACCUGCCGGGGAUGCAGAGCAUCAAGGCCGACCCGGAGGAGCUGUUCACCAAGCUGGAGCGCAUCGGCAAGGGCUCGUUCGGCGAGGUGUUCAAAGGCAUCGACAAUCGCACCCAGAAAGUGGUGGCCAUCAAGACCAUCGACCUGGAGGAGGCGGAGGACGAGAUCGAGGACAUCCAGCAGGAGAUCACCGUGCUGAGCCAGUGCGACAGCCCCUUCGUCACCAAGUACUACGGCUCGUACCUCAAGGACACGAAGCUAUGGAUCAUCAUGGAGUAUUUAGGGGGAGGCUCGGCGUUAGAUUUGAUGGAGCCCGGAGCCCUGGACGAGACCCAGAUCGCCACGAUCCUGAGGGAGAUCCUCAAGGGCCUGGAGUAUCUGCACUCUGAGAAGAAGAUCCACAGGGACAUCAAAGCCGCCAACGUGCUGCUGUCCGAGCAGGGAGAGGUGAAGCUGGCGGAUUUCGGCGUGGCGGGGCAGCUCACCGACACCCAGAUCAAACGCAACACCUUCGUCGGCACGCCCUUCUGGAUGGCCCCCGAAGUCAUCAGACAGUCGGCGUACGACUCCAAGGCCGACAUCUGGUCGCUGGGCAUCACGGCCAUCGAGCUGGCGAAAGGUGAGCCGCCCCACUCGGAGCUCCACCCCAUGAAGGUCUUAUUCCUCAUCCCAAAGAACACCCCGCCCACGCUGGAGGGCACCUACAGCAAGCCGCUCAAGGAGUUCGUCGAGGCCUGCCUCAACAAAGAGCCCAGCUUCAGGCCGACCGCCAAAGAGCUGCUGAAGCACAAGCUGAUCGUGCGCCACGCGAAAAAGACCUCCUACCUGACCGAGCUGGUGGACAAGUACAAAAGGUGGAAGGCAGAGCAGUCGAGAACCACGGAGUCCAGUUCGGAUGAGUCCGACUCAGAGCAGGACGGCCAGGCGUCGGGCGGGAACAACUUUGGCAGCGACGACUGGAUCUUCACCAUCCGAGAGAAGGACCCCAAGAAGCUGCAGAACGGGGAGGGGCAGUUGGGGCCAGCAGACCAGACGAAAGACAUUCCAAAGAGGCCUUAUUCACAGAGCCUGGUCACCGUCAUCUCUCCGGCAUUAGCUGAGCUGAAGGCGAGACAGGAGCAGGUGAACGGGAACCCCAUGGUCCUGGAUGAGCUGAGGGAGGCCAUCCUGCUGGCCGAGGAGGCCUACCCCGGCAUCUCCGACUCCCUGGUGGCUCACAUGGUCCACAGGCUCCAGAGUUUCUCCACAAGCAGGACGUCCUCCUCCUCCUAGAGACCGGCUCUCUGCCCCGGCCCUGCUCCCCCACCACCAGCCCCCCCAACACCACAGCCAGGUCAGAGGGUCGAGACAUUCAACACCAGCCGACCACGUUUGACCUCCCGGUGUGUGCGUGCGUGUGUGUGUGCGUGUGCGUGUGUGUGUGUGUAAGAGGGGGGGCGGCGGCGGCGGCUAACCCACUCUGUAAAAAUGACUGAGCUCCAAAGCGGAGGCUUACAGCGGAACCCUGGGGAGCUUCUUGCAGCCACUGACGAGAGGAGGACUCAAGAGUUUUAAACGGACUCUGGGCUCUGCGUGCGCGCUGGACUACCACAGAGUCUCCGCGUGGAAUCUGCUCGACGAGGAGCCGGAAAAAUCCCACCCCCUCCGCGAAAUCCAAGACUUCAUUGCCCCCUCUCAAUGCAGGCGUCAUAUCCCCAGAACCUCUGACAAAGCAUGCUUGAUGAACCUGCAGGGAUAUUAUCUUAGUGUGCUAGUGCGUGUGUGUGUGUCUGUGGGCACCUGUGAGUGAGUGUGUGUGUGUGCGUGCAUGUGUAUGUAAGACUCCCUGUUAAGGCAAAUUUGCAGCAUUCUUAAUGAAACCUCAGGUAAAGCGCUUUAAGUGGACUUGGAGGCAGGGGGGGGGGUGUCGAUUAAAAGUCGUCAUUGCGGGGGGAAAUGGAUCACUGUGUACAAAAUGGUAACGCGCAUUUUGUAGAUAUUGACGGAUGUUUCAAAGUAGAUAUUUAAAAAGAAGAAGAAACAGAACAUGCCUUGCCUUUUUGAGAUACACACACACAUCCGGCAUUUCAUCGCGGGCUUUCGUUCCUCCCGCUCGUCGAGCUCAGUGUUCGUCUGUGUUUGUUUUUCUCUCCAAGUGACCCGAGUUCCAAUCUUCCAUUUUGAAUCACCGGACUAACUACGAUACUAAGCGUACUUUGUUUAGAGGCUGAAGAGAACGACGACUACCUGUGCUUAAGUUUUAGACGAGUCGGUUUUGAAAUUGUUGAGCACAAAGAAUGGAGGCGGUUCGGCGUCGAGUGGAGCCCGGGACAUUCACAAAGGGGAACCUCAAUGAGCGCCGAUAUCAUGUGAAGUAUUAUUUUUUUAAUGGCUCCCAAUUUCUCCUUUGCGUUACUUUUAUUGUUAAAGUGGAAGCGAGGGACUCGCUUGUGGCCAAACGUAUUUAAGGACAAGCCAAGCUGCAGUCGCCAACGCCAUCCCGGACUUUCCCGUUUCUCACUUCCACGCUAGAAGUGCCAUGUCGCUCUUUUUUUUUUUAUGCUCUCACCAGAUGUUCGUAGUAUUGAUUUGCACCUUUUUUUUGUCGUAUUAUUUUUGUAUUGUCAGAUCAGUCGGUUUGUUUUUGCACUUUGAAAGUGUGUCGAGUAUUUAAAGAAGCCUGUAAGAAGAAAAAAAACAAUAAAAGUUGCUGAUAGCCAUGUUUUACUAUAUAUGUUUACUUAAGAGUUCCAGAAUUUACUACUGUGCUAAUGCAGCAAUAAUGUUGAGGAGUUGCAUCAAGACGCACUUGUCAACACAGGGAUUGAAAGAAAUUAAGAAAUACCUGAUAUUUUUAUAACUGCAAAGAUGGAAAUAUGGAAUGCUUUAUGGACAUAGGCAAAAAACAACUAUCUAUACCUUACAGGAAAACAUAUGCUACGGAAAUAACUACAAGAUGUGUACAUUUGGUCUCCUUUAUCAUAGCUGACAGUUUAUAGUACUGUGUAUAUAAUCUUUGCUUGUGUCAUUUGAGGAUUCCCAAGUUAAAUGUGAGCUCCUUGUAAGCUUUCAAAGUGACAUGAGAAAUAAAGAUCUGAUGCUAACUGAGAA